CGGGCUGCGCGUGCGCCGCGCGUGCGCCGGCCUGGGCCGCGGCGGUGGGCAUGGCCGGCUGGGUGUUCUGCAAUCGCUGCUUCCGGCCGCCGCAGCGCACGUCCUGCUUCAGCGUGACCAGCUGUGGCCACGUGUACUGCGACGUGUGCCUGGGCAAAGGUGGCAAAGAAGAGUGCUUGAUUUGCAAAGUCCCUUGUCGCACAGUUUUACUUUCAAAACAUACCGACGCGGAUAUCCAGGCGCUGUUUAUGGGCAUAGACGGUCUGUGUCAGAAGUACUCCAGAGAGACCUGCCAGAUUUCAGAAUUUCAAGAAAAGCACAGAAAGAGACUCUUGACCUUCUAUAGAGAAAAGAUCACAAAGCUGGAGGAAUCCCUUCGGAAGUCAGUGCUGCGGAUGGAACAGCUUCAGAGUAUGAGAUCGUCACAACAAACAGCUUUCAGCGCAAUAAAAACUCCAGUUUCAACUCCUUCAGCAAAGCCAGGCGGACACCCGCUCCUGCCCCUUGACUCGUCAGCCUCUGACAGAGUGGAGUUCAUGCAGGUUGACCAUACUCCUUCCCCAAUGAGAAAACCUGAGGUGGCAGUUGGCCCAGCAAGAAUCUCUCUGAUCAGCCCACCUCAGCAUGGACGCAUGGGCAGCAUCUCGCGCCUCGGCCCGACGCCCGGUCACAGCAGCGUGUCCCAGGCUCUCCGGAUCCCACUGCUGCCGGUCCCCUGCAAGGCGCUGUCCCCGCCGGCAGCGCCCCUGGCCCCCGGCCGAGCGGGAAGAGGGGGCUCGCCCAGCCUUCGGGGCUCCCAGACGCUGGCCCCCAGGCCGCCCAUCAGCAUCUCCGCACUGCUGCAGAAGCAGCGUUUAGGGUCUGCUGGCCUCGGGGCAGCCACGCACGGAAGGUGAACGAGGUCCUGCCCGUGUCCGUCCACCUGGGGCUCUCUCGCCACCAGCAGGACGUUACGCAGUAGAAGCAGUCCGUUCUUCUUGAUGGAAUAAAGUAAUACAGUUGAAUAAAGUAUUUUUCUGAUUAUCUGGGGCAGCAUAUAUG